UUACCACUGUGUAUUGUCAAGUAAACUACAUGUAAUGCGCGUCGUUUGACAUGAAAUAACCCACAGAGAGUUUGAUAACGAACAUCUAGAGCUAUUAUACUAGAUAUGGUAUUUCGGCGGCUUUAGAAGCAACGUGAAUUCAUUUGUUAUGUCAGAAGCCAUAAUGUGGUUAAAAAUGGUGUGGAUGCUCAUCUUGGUGAGAAUGGCCAAAUCUAAAUCUUGUUCUUUGGCGACAAAUCCAGUGACGGAGUCGCAAAUGGUGACCUACUCAAGAGUGGUCAACACGACUAUAAGCGGCACACAGCUUAUCAUGCAUCUUACAGAGAAUUCAACUUGCUCUGUGUCGUUAGUUUUGCCCAAUGGAACCUCAAUUGAAGUGAAACCCGGAAAUAUGGACCGAAUAGGGUGGCAAGUCAAUUCGAGAGUGCUGUAUUUCUUGACUGACAAGAAUGUUUUUCCUGAUAUUGGCGAGUAUCAGUUGAAAACUCCUGGUGCCAAUUACAAGUUUUAUCAUCUCUAUAGCCCGAAGAUUUCGGACACUUAUGAACCAGUUGGCGUGUAUCAUAAGAAUCAUUUCACGAUAUCAAACAUGUCCAAGAAAUUUGAGACAUGCUUACGUUUUUUGGACUAUCGGAAAGCUAUUUCAAAUGAAAAUCAAACUCUUUCAUGCAAACAUUCGGGACGAGGCCCUGGAACUUGUCUAGUUUCCUUUGCAGCGAGUGGAAAAGGAUUAAAAGUUGAAAUCACGAAAUGGAUAGAGGAGGGUCACUACACAAUAUCGUGUCAUGGGAAACGACGGACUUUAGUGGCCAAUAUAACUUUUAAAGUAAGGCGCCCAUCCAAUGCUCUAAUUAUUAUUAUAUCGGUGGUAUCAAGUGUCCUCUUCAUGGGCAUAUCACUUGUUGGCCUCUGUUGGGGUAAAAGAAAAUGUAUCUGGAAUGAGCGAAAAUACCCCAACACCCAAGAGCCUCUGGUUCCUUAUUUGGAGGGCACCAUCAUUACCAUGGACUCCAUGGAGCAUAAUCCCAACUUUGACGAGUUGGAAUAUGACUGGCCCGAUUGGAUUUUGGCGGCUCCGGAUCUGCUUCGAGUGAAUAUGAAAUCCAUUCAAAAGCAAGAUGAACUGGGUCAUGGACACUAUGGGGUUGUUUACAAUGGAUCAGUCAACAUACAAUCUUUAAGCUGUCCCGUGGCCAUCAAGGAGCUCAAAACAGGCUUGUCCCAAGAUGAGAUUUUGAACGAGGCCGAGAAAUUGUGGCGGGUUCGAGACCAUGGACACAUUGUUGCUCUUCAGUGCGUGAGUAAAGAGUCCGUGGAAGGCGGAGCAUACCGAUAUGCCCUCGUGAUGAGCCUGGAAUCCAAGAUGAAUCUGGCCAAAUAUCUCCGGACCUAUGAGCAUCUCCUGAACUUUCAGGAACAAAAGCUGGUCUCUUGGAUGUACCAAGUUUCAGAUGGAUUGGACUACCUCAGGAGACAUCAAAUAGUCCACUUCGAUCUGGCGGCCAGAAACAUCUUGCUUACUCUUAGUAGUGAAAUCGCCAAAAUAUCCGACUUUGGUUUGGCCAAGUUCGCCCAUGAGAUCCCGGCUCUAAGUCAGAAAAAAACUGAUAUGAUGCUCCCCGUGGACCGAUUGCCAUUGGAAGUGAUCCAUAAUAUAUCUGAGGCCUCAGCUUCCACCGACGUCUGGUCUUUCGGGAUCCUGUUGUGGGAGGUGUUUUCUUUUGGAUCGCGCCCAUAUGAUUGGGAAUUCCAUCACAGCUCGGCGUCAUCCUCAUCCUACUCCCGAGUGACUAGUGGUCUCAUCAAUCAAUCGGAAAGCCAUGCCAGGUUCAAUUUCAUCCAAGCGUUUUUGUCCUCGGGAAGCCGCUUAUCCUCUCCGUGGGAUCGGCGUUCCAACACCUUUCUUCCCAAUCAUCAGGAUCUCUACCGAAUCAUGUUGGAAUGCUGGCAUGCCAAUCCGUUGGAGAGGCCCUUCGCCGAUGAGAUUCGAACCCAGAUCUCGGCCCAUUUGGUCAAAGGGGCCAAAGCGGCUCACGAAAUGAGCGUGGCCCGCGAAAAAGAUGACUAUAUGUUGAUGAAAAAACAAUUGGAGAAAGAAGCUCGCAGGAUCAGGAAUCACACUCAAUAAAACUAAGCUCUUUCAGAGAGACCUGCAGAGAGACUUGAAAAGACUUGAAAGUAACCAAAGAAUCGUCAUUUAGGUAGGGUCUUGUGCCUCCCUUCUUCCUUUUGUGAAGAGCCUUCUGUUCUUAGAAAAAUAUUUGAUUUGUGGAAUCUAGACAAUGCUAUCCUCAUUGCUGGAUGUCUAUCUAGCCCUCCGAUCUCACUGGUAAAAUUACAUGAAUUUGUGUGAUGUGUAUCAACUAUGCAAAAAAAUAAAUAGAAAUUCCGAGGCUGAUUUCCUCACACAACUGCGGUAACCUGCCGUACGUA